AUGGAGCUGAAGGAGACCACCCGUGAUCACUCAGGAGUGCACAAUUUGGCCUUCCAGGAAGAGCACAGAGAGGAGAACGACAGUGAAGGUGUGCGUGUUUUAAGACCAAAAGGUCUCAGAGAGAGUUCACAGAGAAUCAAGAAUUCACCAGAUAGGAAAACUGUACAUACUGAUGAGGAGGAUGAAUACAUCAAUAUUGAGAGUGAUCUGCAUGAAAAGAAACGUGACUCAGUAGAUGAUGAGCAACCACGCUUGAAAGGGCAUUUAGAAAAGAAAUAUGAUAAAGCCUGUGAAUUUUGCAAGAAACAUAAAACCAGAAUUCACUAUGUGAUCUAUGGAAUUUUAAUAACAGCAUACUUGGCAGUAGUUAUUGCAGCCUGCAGCUUGAAUUUUCAGAGAGCCUUGCCACUCUUUAUCGUCACUGUCCUAGCCAUAUUCUUCAUCUGCUGGGAUUUUUUAAUAGCUAAGUAUGAAGACAGAAUUGCUGCAUUCUUUUCCCCUGGAGAAAGAUAUCUGGAGAAACAGUGGUUUUGGCUGAAAUGGGUGUUGUAUGCAGCUUUUAUUAUAGCUAUCAUCUGCUGGCUCAUCUUUGACACAGCAAAACAGGGAUCCCGCCAACUGAUCUCCUUUGGUGGGCUUGUGCUGUAUGUUCUCUUGAUGUUUAUCUUUUCCAAAUAUCCAAGCAGAGUUGCUUGGAGACCAGUAUUUUCAGGAAUAGGAAUGCAGUUUAUUCUUGGGCUUCUUAUUCUGAGGACCAAAGUGGGGUUUGCUGUAUUUAACUGGCUAGGCAUUCAGAUACAGACUUUUCUGGAGUACUCUGAUACAGGUGCUAAGUUUGUGUUCGGUGAGAAAUACAUGAAUCAUUUCUUUGCUUUUAAGGUCCUGCCAAUUGUGGUUUUCUUCAGCACAGUAAUGUCUAUGCUUUACCAUAUUGGAUUCAUGCAGUGGCUCAUUGGAAAGGUUGGUUGGAUAAUGCAAAUUUUCAUGGGGACAACUCCUGUUGAGUCUCUGGUAGCUGCGGGUAACAUAUUUGUGGGACAGACAGAGUCUCCUCUCCUGGUACGGCCCUACUUACCAUACAUCACCAGAUCUGAACUCCAUGCAGUCAUGACAGCAGGAUUCUCAACUAUUGCUGGAAGUGUCUUAGGAGCAUAUAUUUCUUUUGGGGUUUCCGCCUCCCACCUACUGACUGCUUCUGUCAUGUCAGCACCAGCAUCAUUAGCCACCUCCAAACUAUUCUGGCCCGAAACUGAAAAGCCAACAGUAACUCUGAGGGGUGGCCUACAAAUGGCAAAAGGUGAAUCAAAGAACCUGCUGGAAGCAGCCAGUCAAGGUGCCUCUACCUCCAUCCUGCUGGUAGCAAACAUAGUCGUGAAUCUGAUCUCCUUCCUUGCCCUGCUGGCUUUCCUUGACUCAGCCCUCUCUUGGGUGGGCAAUCUGUUUGACUAUCCACAGCUGAACUUUGAGAACAUUUGUGCUUAUGUCUUCAUGCCAUUCUCUUUCAUGAUGGGGGUAGACUGGGAAGACAGUUUUAUUGUCGGUGGACUACUAGGUUAUAAAACUUUCUUCAAUGAAUUUGUGGCUUAUGAGCGCCUCUCAAAACUGAUUCACAACAGAAAAAAGGGUGGGAGCAUGUACAUUGAUGGUGUGAAACAGUAUAUGACUGUUCGCUCUGAAGUGAUUGCCACCUAUGGUCUUUGUGGAUUUGCCAAUUUCGGCUCCCUGGGACUGGUAAUAGGAGGCCUGACAAGCAUUGCUCCCUCAAAAAAGAAGGAAAUAGCUGGUGGUGCUUUCAGAGCAAUGAUUGCAGGAACUGUUGCCUGUUUCAUGACAGCCUGUGUUGCAGGAAUGCUGACUGUCCCUGGUCUGGAAAUUCCUUGCCACAUCUUAUUAGGAAACACCUUCAACUCCACAGAUUUCCCUGCCAACGGCACAGAGGUAGUUGAAUGCUGCCAGCAGCUCUUUACCAGUGUAAAUCAUUCACAGGAGAUCUUCCCUGGAGGAAACUACAGCCUGAGUUCCUGGAAAGGAUGUUGCCAAAUACUGCAUCAACCUGCUUUUCAUUGCACUUGGAUUAAGUCUUAA